AUGUCUGAAAAGAUAGAAGAACAUGCCCACUUUGAAGGGUCUACAGAUUCUGAAAAAGAUGUUAUUGUAGUUAAUAAUAAAACUACAAAGGAAAGUCUAUCAGAAUCAACUUCCUUAGAGAAUGAAUUGUCAGAUAUUGAUUCUAAUGCUGCUGUUAAUCAACUUUUCUCUUCUAGAGAUGCAGAUGUUACAUUUAAUUUUAUGGAAAAGUUUGAUAAAGAUGUACCAUUAAUUACACCGACACAAGAAAAACAUUUAAGAAGAAAAGUUGCUUGGAUUGUCGUGUCGCUGACUGGCACAAUCGAUUUUUUACUUUAUGCAGAUAAGGCUACUUUAUCCUAUGCAUCAAUUUUUGAGCUUUGGGAUGAUACUCAUUUGACUCAAGAUAGAUACAAUAAUUCAAAUACUUUAUUUUAUGUUGGUUAUAUUAUCGGGUUGUUAAACUUACUUUGGGUUCAAAAAUUUCCUAUAAGAAGAGUUAUGGCUUUCAUGUGUACUUCCUGGACAAUUAUUAUUUUCUUACAUUGUACAGCUUAUAACUAUCAAGGGAUCUAUGCAUUAAGAUUUUUCCUUGGAUUUGUUGAGGCAAUUGCUGUACCAACUUUGAAUAUUACAAUGAAUCAAUUCUUAACACCAAAUGAAAAAAAUGCUUAUGCACCUUUAUUUUAUAGUAGUUGUAUUGGUUGUGGUGUCUUUGUCUCAUUAAUUGCUUAUGGGAUAUUGCAUGCUCAUGCUGCUAUACAUACUUGGAAAUUAUUCAUGAUUAUUAUUGGGGGUAUGACGCUACUAGUUACGUUGGUGGUAUAUUACAUUUAUCCAAGUAAUCCAACAGAUGCUAAAUUUUUGAACCAUAAUGAAAAAAUUUGGGUUAUUAGAAGAAUUCAAAAAGCAUCAAAUUCAUCAAUUGAACAAAAAAGAAUUAAAAAGCAUCAAAUUAUUGAAGCAUUAAAGGAUCCCGUCUCAUGGUUAUUUUGUGCUUUCUUCCUAUUACAACAAUUAGCAAAUAAUUUAACUUAUAUGCAAAAUAUUUUAUUUGAAAAUAUUGGUCAAAUUUCUAAUUUAGAUACUACAAUUGUGUCUAUCGCUUCAGGUGGGUUUGCCUCCGUAUGUGCUCUUAUUGCCACUGUAUUCCUUCUCUAUAAGAAAAAUUUCACAGCCUUCUCUGUCGUCUUUUGGAGUCUUCCCUCUUUAGCUGCCUGUAUUGCCAUGCUUGCAAUCCCUUGGGGUAAUAAUGUAGCAUUACUAGCAAUGCUGUGUCUAGCGUCACCUAUAUUUGGUAUUCCAUGGAUUCUAAUGUUUAGUUGGUCCAUCACAAGCUGUGCAGGAUAUACAAAGAGAAUAACAAGAAAUGGUAUGGUUAUGUUUUGGUACUGUAUUGCUAAUAUAAUUUCUCCUCAAUUAUGGCAAGGUCACGAUGCUCCCAGAUUUGUUCCUGCCUGGAUUACUCAAAUAGUUUUAUCUUUUUCCUUGGCCCCUUCUUUGGCAUUAGUUAUUUGGUUCAUUUUGAGACGUAGAAACAUUGAAAGAUUGAAAAAUAUUGAGAAAAAUGGGAAAUCACAUAAAGGUUAUAUCGAGGUCGACGGUGAAAAUGUUGCAGUCGAUGGAGCUCAAUUGGAUUUAACUGACCUUGAAAAUGAUCAAUUCAUAUAUCCAUUAUAA